AUGGGCGCAGCCUCACUCGCUCUGCCACUCAGUGGGCUGGGACUGGCCGACCCGCAGUGGCCGGCAGCAGUGGCCGACCAGCAGUGGCCGACCAGCACUCUGGUAGGAACCAAGGAGCACUCUCGUGAUGAUGGGUCCCUUGCAACCCGCUCAAACGACCGGCUCAAGGAAGGAACCAAGGAGCACUCUCGUGAUGAUGUGUCCCUUGCAACCCGCUCAAACGACCGGCUCAAGGAAGGAACCAAGGAGCACUCUCGUGAUGAUGUGUCCCUUGCAACCCGCUCAAACGACCGGCUCAAGGAAGGAACCAAGGAGCACUCUCGUGAUGAUGUGUCCCUUGCAACCCGCUCAAACGACCGGCUCAAGGAAGGAACCAAGGAGCACUCUCGUGAUGAUGUGUCCCUUGCAACCCGCUCAAACGGCCGGCUCAAGGAAGGAACCAAGGAGCACUCUCGUGAUGAUGUGUCCCUUGCAACCCGCUCAAACGACCGGCUCAAGGAAGGAACCAAGGAGCACUCUCGUGAUGAUGUGUCCCUUGCAACCCGCUCAAACGACCGGCUCAAGGAAGGAACCAAGGAGCACUCUCGUGAUGAUGUGUCCCUUGCAACCCGCUCAAACGACCGGCUCAAGGAAGGAACCAAGGAGCACUCUCGUGAUGAUGUGUCCCUUGCAACCCGCUCAAACGACCGGCUCAAGGAAGGAACCAAGGAGCACUCUCGUGAUGAUGUGUCCCUUGCAACCCGCUCAAACGACCGGCUCAAGGAAGGAACCAAGGAGCACUCUCGUGAUGAUGUGUCCCUUGCAACCCGCUCAAACGACCGGCUCAAGGAAGGAACCAAGGAGCACUCUCGUGAUGAUGUGUCCCUUGCAACCCGCUCAAACGACCGGCUCAAGGAAGGAACCAAGGAGCACUCUCGUGAUGAUGUGUCCCUUGCAACCCGCUCAAACGACCGGCUCAAGGAAGGAACCAAGGAGCACUCUCGUGAUGAUGUGUCCCUUGCAACCCGCUCAAACGACCGGCUCAAGGAAGGAACCAAGGAGCACUCUCGUGAUGAUGUGUCCCUCUCAACCGGCUCGAACGACCGGCUAUGGAUAACCAAGGAACGCUCUACUUAUUAA